AUGCCUUCUGGAGGGAGCAAAACCCUCUGCCUGCCCUGCGCCCGCCACGGCCGGCUGGAUUUCAAGGUUAAGCCUCGUGCAAAAUGGACCCAGGAAGCGCAGUCCUUUGUAACUCAGUUGUACUUGACCAUAAACUACUGUUCGUGGAAGAGAGCCGGGUGCCUCGGAGCAGCACAAAAACAGUGGGGCAGUAACAGGACAUGCACGGGCCUCCAGCAGGAGAGUGCUGCGGAGAGAAAAUCAAGCUCCGUGGAGGAAUCUCCGUCAUCAACAAGUACAAAACUGAUUUCAUCAAUAAUCAUUUCACAGAUGAUCGAUGAGAAUAAAUCAAAAGAAAAUUGGUCUUCUUUGCUGAUGCAGUCUGUGAUCCCACAGCCCAGUGCUUAUCACCUGAAGCAAUCUUUGGCUAACCAUGGUUCAGUCAACAUUAACAGUGCCUUUAUGGUACUUCCCACCAGAUUAGAAAUUCGGGCAUCCUUAGAUGACACCACCUCUUUGCUGGACUCUCCCACCACAAAUGAAAAACAAUGUCAGAACCAGUGGAAAGGGUUUGCCUCCAUAACUAUUACAGCCAGACGUGUUGCUGCGGGCUCCAGUGACCCAGCAUGGAGAUCCAGGGCCGUGCCAGAGCCCUGUGCUGUGUCCCCCACGUUGAGCAAGGUCCCUGUUGACCCCCACCACUGGCCUCCACCUGGCCAAGCAAACCAAAAUGUCACUCCAUCAAAGGCUUCUGAAUGUUGCUCAAAAUCAGGUGAAGAGCUGCGUGAGAGGUUUUCCAACCACAGAAACAAGGAGAAGGGUGUGGGUCUUCAACGCAGCGACGGGAGAGAGAAAGUACUGCCUUCGUUCAUCUCAUCUGUCCACCUUCAGGUUUCUCAGCAGUGUCCAAAUACUAUCUAUUAUGUAGACAAGUCACUCAACAUGUGCCUUGUCCGGCCUCGAAUUAAAUGCCAAAAAAUGCAUAGAUCAACAUUGUCCUUCAAUAUAAACUGUAGUUCGUCUAGAUUAACAGCAGAUGGAGUAGAUGGCAUAGCUAAUGGAGAGCCAAUAAAGGAGAUACUUCACACAAAGCUCCUGAGAGAAAACAAGACUCCACUCAGAACAAACUUGAGUGCAGGUAUAACAGAAAAUAAUGUAAUUAAUAAACAGACAACAAAUGAAGGCUAUUUGGGUACUAAAUACCCUUUGAAAAGUGUCUGUGCCUCUGGACUUCGAGCAUUUGAUAUACCCGAAGGACCUAAUACCAUAACAACAAAGCAACAUGACGAUAAGCAGUCUGGCAGCUAUCACACUACAUUUUCUUUCCAUCUUCCUAAUUCAAGUGAUGAGGCAGGAACACAAAUGCCGUCUGGAAGCCAGAGGAAGCAGUGCACCACCACCAUCAGAGGCACAACGGCCUCUGCCUCUCUUCUGGAUACAGCAUCCAGAAGGACAACCGCUGCUGCUGGAGGCUCAUUGAAAAACAAAGAUCCCUCCAAGGACACCUCCAUACCCAAAGAUAUCCAAGCACAAGGCAUCCUGAAACCAAGAAUGUCUGUCUCCAAAAGUAUGUGCAACACAAAAACUUCAUCAAGAGUCAUCUUGGAAGAAAAUGUUCACAGGCAUAACCAGCUCCUAAAAAGUGAUUACGAAUCUUGUGGUUCAAGUGGCAAAACGGAGGAGCAUGAGGAGGAGGAGCGGGCUCGAGCCAGCCGGGAAGCUCUGUCUGCACCUCGCUGCCUGGAUGCCACUCGUCAGAGCCGCAGCGCGCUCGCCCAGCCAGAUGUCAGCCCCGAGCCCGAGAGGAGUCCACCCGCCCCACUGACACUGAAGGAAGCACUAGAAAUUCACAAGCCUCAGUUCAUUUCCCGUUCGCAAGAAAGGCUGAAGAAGCUGCAACAUAUGGUCCAGCAGAGGAAAGCCCAGCAGAAUGAUGCUCCUGUAAGCAACCAAGGAGCGCUUCUUGUUCGCAAACUUUCCUCAGCAUCUGCCUCAAGCAAAAAAAAGCAAUACACCAUUCCUCACCCGCUCAGCGAUAACCUUUUCAAACCAAAGGAAAGAUUCAUUCCAGAGAAAGAGAUGCACAUGAGAUCCAAAAGAAUUUAUGACAAUUUACCUGAAGUAAAAAAGAAACAAGAAGAAAAACAGAAGCGGAUAAUCAUCCAGAGUAACAGACUGCGUGUGGAGAUCUUCAAAAAGCAAUUACUGGACCAGCUCCUUCAAAGGAACACUGAGUGA